AAGUCCAAGAAGGGAGCAUGGACCAGCCCAGCGGAAGGAGUUUCAUGCAAGUUCUUUGUGAGAAAUACAGCCCCGAGAACUUCCCCUAUCGGCGUGGACCUGGCAUGGGGGUGCACGUCCCAGCAACUCCACAGGGUUCACCUAUGAAAGAUCGCCUCAACCUUCCGAGCGUGCUCGUGCUGAACAGCUGUGGCAUAACCUGUGCGGGGGAUGAGAACGAAAUCGCUGCCUUCUGUGCUCAUGUGUCUGAGCUAGAUCUUUCUGACAAUAAACUGGAAGACUGGCACGAGGUCAGUAAAAUUGUGUCCAACGUUCCCCACUUGGAAUUUCUAAACUUGAGUUCCAACCCUCUCAGUUUGUCCGUUUUAGAGAGAAGGUGUGCUGGGUCCUUCGCUGGUGUUCGCAAACUUGUGCUCAACAACAGCAAAGCUUCCUGGGAAACAGUCCACACAAUCCUGCAGGAAUUACCAGACUUGGAGGAGCUCUUCCUGUGCCUUAACGACUACGAAACAGUGUCUUGUUCUCCAGUUUGCUGUCAGUCUCUCAAAUUACUCCACAUAACUGACAAUAACCUUCAAGACUGGACUGAAAUUCGAAAGUUGGGAAUUAUGUUUCCUUCACUGGACACGCUUAUUCUGGCUAACAACAACCUCACGACCAUCGAAGAAUCGGAAGAUUCCCUAGCAAGGCUGUUCCCCAACCUGCGGUCCAUCAAUUUGCACAAGUCAGGUCUGCAUUGCUGGGAAGACAUUGACAAGUUAAAUUCUUUUCCCAAGCUCGAGGAAGUGAAAUUGCUGGGAAUCCCUUUGCUGCAGUCCUACACCACCGAGGAACGCAGGAAGCUGCUAAUAGCCAGGUUGCCAUCGAUCAUCAAGCUCAACGGAAGCAUCGUUGCCGAUGGGGAGCGGGAGGACUCGGAGCGAUUCUUCAUCCGAUAUUACAUGGAGUUCCCGGAGGAGGAAGUCCCAUUCAGGUAUCACGAGCUGGUCACAAAGUAUGGGAAGCUGGAGCCCUUGGCGGUCGUGGACCUUCGGCCACAGAGCAGCGUGAAGGUGGAGGUUCACUUCCAGGAUAAGGUGGAGGAGAUGUCGAUCCGUCUCGAUCAGACUGUGGCGGAGUUGAAGAAGCACUUAAAAACUGUGGUGCAGCUCUCCACCAGCAACAUGCUGCUCUUCUACUUGGACCAGGAGGCCCCCUUCGGACCCGAGGAGAUGAAAUACAGCUCGCGAGCGCUUCACUCUUACGGCAUUCGGGAUGGAGAUAAAAUUUACGUGGAGCCCAGAAUGAAAUAGCCUCUUUUGACCUCGUGAGUGCACGGCCGUGCACGCACACCUCCCCACACACCCACACACAUGCAUUCAGGAGUUUUUUGCAAGGUUUUUCUUUCGGUCGGUCGGUCGGUCGGUUGAGGUUUGGUUGCGUUUCCGUAGCAGGUAAUUUCAUAGCCCGGAGGGAGUGCCCUGAUGUGAGAACCAUGCCCGCCACCCACUGCAGGUGACCUUGAGGUGACAAUUGACUUCGGUGCGUGUGUUUCAGUGUGUGCGAUACCUUGAUGUUUUCUCCGACGCUCCGGUAUACUCGUGAUUUGGCAUGAAUGGUCAGUUGUUCAAGCUGAAGAAUGCUAGGGCCUGUAAGGGAGAAGAUAGCUCGGUGCAGAAUUGGACUUGGGUUUUUUGGGUUUUUUUUCUUUUUUCUAAAUUUUUGGGGGUUUUGGGCCCACCAGAGCACCCUUUGGCCUAGCUAUCCGACUGCGGCUCGAGCUUGCUGAAGUGUGUUUUUUUUGCAGCUAGGUGCUGUCUCAACCUUUUGUUGUGCUCGAGUUUAUGGAAAAAGAUCAGUAUUCCGCUUGAUUCUGAGCUCAGGUAUUUAGUGCAUCCACUUAUCUCCACUGGUCUGGUUUGUACGAGUGCACAAAAUGGGGGAGAGAAAGAGAACCCUAUUAGAAAGAAACUAAUUUCGAAACGCACGCUCCAUGUCCACGCUGUCCUGUGCUGUUUUUUGGGGAAAAAUGUUUUGAUUUCUGAAACAGAGUGUCUGCAACCCAUAGCACGGGCAGCCUGGAGGCAAAGGGACCCUUGUGUGCGUUGCAAAGUGAAUUUUGGAAGGUGGUGGACGAGUGUUGCGUUGGAAGGGCUUCUAGAGGAACAAGGUCAAAAAGGGGUUGAAGAGAAGAUUCCCCCCCGUUGGCCGUGGUCGAUCCCCAGGACGCUGACGAGAUCCUCCAGUAUGCACUUAACCUUGUACCAGUUUGUACUCAGAGUGGAAUGGCUAAAAUUGCUCUCCUGGGAGAGAGAAAGAGUCAAGUUGAAGUUUGUGUUUGUUGUUGUUGUUGCACCAGAAAUGAAACCUAGCACUUUCCCCUGGGGCCCCCGGUGCGGGGUCCCUGCUUAGGUCCGAACUAGGAGGAUGCGUUGGCUCGGACCAGUUUCUAGAAGAUGAGUGACAAAGCAACUAGACUCACGUUUAGUGUAAGGCAGGUUUUCACUAUCUAUAUUGGCUUCCCCCACACGCACCUCGUCGGCAUCAUGUGCUGCUGCUUAAAUUAGCCCCUGUUUUCUCCUGCAGAGCAGAUUUUCUUUCCUGUGCGAUGAAACCCUCCGUCCUUUCUCUCUCUUGUUUCACGUUCCUGUGUCCUCCCUCGUUCCUCUGCCCCUCUGACAAGUCGAAGACUUUUCAAAUUACCUAGUUAUAAGCAGCUGCAUAAAAGUUUUUUGAAGCUGUGCAGUGAGGGCUCCAGUUACACAUGAACUUCUGACCGUAAUUUCGCAUUGCUCCCUUAUCCCCACGUGCACUUUCUUUCCCAUGAUGCUUUUCUCCACAUCACCGAGCUCCUUUUUAUAAUCUUGGAGUUGUGUAUUUCUCUUCCUAUUUUACCUAGAUCCUGGGGUGGGGGUUGUAUGGGGAGGGGACGAAGUAUUAAUCUCAUAGUCUCCAGGUUGAGGGUGUGGGGACCGUUGGGAGGGGAGUAGUUCCGCAUCCAGGGUAGUGACUCAAAAUGGGAGGAUUUAAGACAAGUUUAUGAUUUGUGCCUCAUCCCCCUGCCAAAAAUGUCAAUCCACUGGCCCCGUUGAGAUGAGCAAUAGGCAACGGAGCAAGACUCGCCGUAGGUAGCGUUAGAGGCCACGGCACAGAGCUGCAAGGCUGAAACAAAAGGGUGGGGAGAUGGUGGCAGUGUAACAUAAGAUGAUGCUUUUAUAAGCUAGAGCUUUACUGAAGAUGUUAUUUUCCAUUUGGGCAGAGAAAGGCAUUUCCUGCCUUAUCGCAGAACUCUGAAGCCAACACUUCUGUAUGAUAUAUACAUACGUACGCAUAGGAAAAGUUGUGUUUAAUAAGAUAUUUUGUUAUAUAUAAAAAAAAAAAAAAGUUUUAUGAAAUUAUGGUUGUUUAAUAUUAGAAGCUUAUUUCUCCCCUUGACCUCCAGAUGACGUGGGUGAUCCCUCGGUCGCUGCGGUGCCAGAGGUAAGCGACCGAUGGGGAUGCAAGAGUAUCUCUGACCUAAUUCUGUAGAGCAGUAAUUGCCUCCGUGGGUAUAUUUAUGGCAUUGUAACUGCUAUUAAUGAGAUGCUGUAACUAUUGACCAACUUCCUCAGCACAAUUUAAUGUCUCGGUUUCAGAGAAGGAAAUAAACCAAGCCCAUUAAAGAACUGAGUGGGAUGUGAAAGAGGACCCGAGGAUGUGCCUGUAAGUUUGUUCGCCCACAGAAGGUCAGUCUGUCCGCUCAGAGCCGGCAGCAAACCCUGCUUUGAUCUACAGCAGACCUGGUGGGGACUGGAAGAUGGGGAAAAAGAGAACACCUACUGGCAUAUGAGGUGGACAAACACCAUCCAUGUAGCUGCCAGGGAUUUGAUGCUAACACCCAAACCGGCUCCCCUGCUCCGUUGGGGUCAGGAAAAGUCACAAUAUGGGUGUCACCCCUUGGCAAUUCUUCAGGGGAAGGUGGUUUCUGGAUGACAUUCUCAAGCCAUCCACCUCCUGCACAGCGAGCAGAGCGCUGGGGGAGGUGGAAACCCAAAAUCUUAGUUGGCUUCCCAAGGAGAAAGAGCCACCUCUAAAUCCUGGGGACAGUUUGUGCGUCCAGAUGAUUGACUUUGAAAAGCGGGGCCAAAUGGUGUGCAACCGAUGGGGCAAAAUAUCCCAAAUUGGCUCGUUUUCCUUUAGUAAUACCUUUUGGAAAGGGUCUUGUGUGUCUGCCGUGUCACUGCUGAACAGGAGACCUUGUCUUGGGGAGAGAGGGGAGGGCUCUGAGCGAGGAAGGAGGUUUGGGACCAACGGUGGGUGCUGAGAAUCUUGGGGGGGAGGUCCUGGGAGGGUGGGAGGCUUGACUGAAAUCGGUGCAAUGUCACCAGGGGCUGUGCCCUGGUGUUUGUUAGUGUGUAAAAAGCCCCUGGGUCUGUCGAGGUCCUUUGAGAAAACAGAGUAGGUUUGGAAGCUUCUCUAGUUUGUGUGUCCUUCUCGUCCAGGGGCUACUGUUGUUGGGGCCGUUUUGUUGUCCGUGCGUAAGGGGCUGCCGGGGGCAGGCUAUGCAGUGGGGAAAGCACCUGGUUCGGGAGGAAUUAGGUGACAGCUAUAUACCAAAGUGUGGCAUGGCUCCGUCUGUGGGGAUCAGAUGCCAUGCCGUUGUCUUUUUGGGUACAUUCCUAUUGAAUAUCCACGUUUUGACCAGAUGUUUCAGGCAGAUCGUCCGACUGGCGGCGGUAGGAGGUCGUGUGGCGUGGUGAUGUCUUCUGCUCCCUCGCUGGGGUUUGUAGCCCCUUUUUUGUUGGGAGCUGCAUACAUCCUGGUGGCAGAUGAUGGUGGGACCCGUGGUGGCUCAGAGCAGCUCGUUUCUUUGGGGAGAGGCUCUGGCUUUGCUCCCCCCCUCCAUCCAUAACGAAGCAGGCGACGUGGUGGUGGCUCUGCCUCCCUCGUCGCCAGUUUUGCUUGUAAAUGAGAUUCUGUGGGUUCUGUGCGUGUGGGGAUUUGGGAAAUGCAAACGAGGUGCUGAAAGCAGCCCCGGAGGCUAAAAUAUGUAUUCCUGGCAGCUGGGCCUCCCUCCUUGGAAUGUGGCACUUUUGGAGGCGGCAGAGAGACGCCUUCCCCAGAGCAGCGUUAGAGGGGCUGUAGCCAUCGCCGGCCUUCGCCUCUGUGAUUGCUUUUCUGCAGUUACUGGAAACUCCAAAUGUAAUUUAAACACGAAGGUCUAAUUCUUGCUCCCUAUUAAUGAUGCAUCUAUCUGUCAUUUUAAAGAAAAAGGCAGAACUGUGAGUCCAUCUCGUUUUAUAUUCUGGGUUCUCUCACGGGGGAAGGUACUUCCCGCUCCCACAAUUUGCCUUUGGUUUGCUCGCAGACUUCGCGGUGGAAUUCAGGCCAAACAGGUCGUCGGGUUGGAUCAGUUCAAUAAACUUAUGUAAGUUUUUACACAAAAAA